AAUAAUGAUCCUCGACACCUUCGUCAAAAAUUCCUAUUCUUAGUUUAGAUUUUUUUCUAGGUUUAUCAUAAUUUUAGAUUUAUUACGUAUAAGAAGUAGUGGACAAACAAAAAAAAAAGAGAGGGAAAUUUAUUGAACAAAUAGAACUUCUUCAAUGAAGUUAUAAAAAAAAUUUUCAACUUUGAUUAGAUACUAAAAUAAAUAGAGUAAGAAUCUAUUAGUAUAGAAAGGAUUUGUAUGAUAUCUGAUCUAGGGAAAUAUAUAUAUUAUACUGUGUCAUCCAGAAAAUCGAGUGAUUCCUUCUUUCUUCUAACUUUGAAAGGAUCGAUAGAUACUAUCGAGGAGCAGAUGUUCUGAAUCAAUCAAUCAAGUUCGUUUUUCAAAAACAUCAUCAGAAAAAAAAUGAAAUGGAGUUUUUUUAAACAUCGUAAAAGGAGAUCCGUUUUGUCUGGCAUUUAUCCGAAUAAAAUCUUAUGAUUAUUAAGAACUCAACGGGACCUUCCCUCUCGAAUCAGACAAACUUGGCCAAAGAAGGGGGUGGGUCCCAUUGAGUUCUUACGCUUUCAUGUCGACAACUCAAUUCAUCCGAUUACUACAGGGAUGAACCCAAUCCGGAAUAUGAACCAUAAAAGAAAAUGCCUAUUAAACCGAUCACAGGAAUACCAGUUACAGUACCUAUUAGCCAAAGAGGAAUCCUUCCAGUAGUAUCGGCCAUUUACCCCACUUCCCUCCACAUUUCAUCAAGUGGUCAUGCUAGAGACAUAAACAGUCAUGGAUAAUUAUGAGAUGAGAUCCUUCCGAAUGGGAUAAGAGAAUUCCUACUAUUAUUAUUUAUUUUAUUAGUCUCUUUCGUUCUCUUAAUUCUUAAUUGAAAAAAUAAUUGGAAAAUAAAACAGCAAGUACAAAAAUGAGUAAUAACCCCCAGUAAAGACUGGUACGAUUCAAUUCAACAUUUUGUUCGUUCGGGUUUGAUUGUGUCGUAGCUCUAUAAUUCGGAUUAGGUUUAUCGUUGGAUGAACUGCAUUGCUGAUAUUGACCCCAAAAAAGAAACGGUAGGUACAGCUAGUCCGUGAACAGCCAACCAUCGCACUGUAAAAAUUGGAUAGGUUCGAUCUAUGGUCAUUGGGGCCUCCUAAAAAGAUCUACUAAAUUCAUCGAGUUGUUCCAAAGGAUCAAAACGGCCGGUUAUUAAUGGAAUUCCUUGUCGGCUCUCUGUAAAAUACUCGUUUGGCCGAGGACUUCCAAACACAUCGUAAGCUAAACCCGUGCUGACGAAUAACCAACCCGCAAUGAAUAGGGAAGGUAUAGUAAUGCUAUGAAUGACCCAGUAUCGAAUACUGGUAAUAAUAUCAGCAAAAGAACGUUCUCCUGUGCUUCCAGACAUGCCGAGCUCCACAUAUUCUUGUACAGUCAAAGGACGAUCGAUUUCGUAAAAGAUGAGAUCAGUAAAUAGAAAUUCACUGAAAAUGGAUAUUUGUGAGAUCGUCAAUAUUGUACCGAGGGUGUCUUUAGAGUAUACCGAAUCAGUAUAGCUAUCCUUCUUCUGCCACAGCAACGCAAUUUCAAUCAGUAUCGAAAUGAAGUGUUAGAAAAGUUCUUUCUUCCUUUCUUGUUGCUUAUCAAUGUAGAACCAUGUGCCAUUCAAUAGAAAAUCUCUCAAAUUCCUGUAGUAUAGGGUUUCUCUCUACUAUUGGUUUCGGACUAGAAACUGAAGAUCAGGUAAAAUAAAUGUGAAUCUGACAAAUUUCUUUUUAAUAAUUCAUGAAAGAGAUUAUCAUAUUCCCACAAUUUUAUUGAUACGAAAUCUAGAAAUCGCCUUUUCGUUUUCGUGGUUGUAGAAGAGGUUUUUUUUUUUUUUGAAUCUUUUUUUUUUCAUUUUAAAGAAUUUCUUAGUUAUCCAAUAACAAGUAACAGUAGUAGAUAGUAUUCGAUGAAAGAAAGAGAACAAUGAAUAAAAUAAUGGGAACAAUCAAUAUUCGCGAAGCACGCAUUGUUGUAUUAGAUCUAAGGGUUCUUUCUUGACCUAACUACCUAACUAGAAGUUAUAAUAUGGAAAGACAAAAUGUGGAACCUAUAAAGGAAAAGAUAAUAGGAAUUUUUUAGAAUCUAAUUGAACCAAAAUACAGAUUUUAUUUUUUCGAGUGAUCUGAUCGUGCGAUAUCUUUUUUUUUUUCUCAUUCGAGAUACUAUGUGAAUGAACCUACUAUUGAAUCUAAUGAGUUAAAAUUAAAGUAAAAAGUAAAAGAAAAGAUUUUAUUGUUAUAAGGGCACUCUUCGUUCCAAAAUAUAAAAUGUAUUCGAUACAAUUAAAAAAGAAAUGAUCAAAAUAGAAAUGAUUUUCUAAUUUUGUUUCAUAGUGACGCAAAGAAAGUUUCAUUUUUGAAUGAAGUUACACGGCACAGUUCUUAUUUUAUUAUUAGUUUACUCAAGAGUUGCUCAAUGAAUCUGUUGAUUCGGAAUCACGGUAUGGGUAGAUGCCACAGAUAAUGAAUCGAUUUCUUUUUAUACCUCUGUCACUCUAUCUUUGUUAGUGCCGCCUAUAAUAAUUGAUUGAUGAAUCAAAAACUUUCAAUUUAACUUAUUCUUUCAAUUGGUAUUUUUGUUUAUCCUCGUAUCUCGCAAAAAUGGAAACUUAGGUAAGUGCUUUAUAAACAUAUGUAUAAUAAAGAACAUAUUUCAUUUAGCUCCUUCAUGCCUACUAUAACUAGUUAUUUCGGUUUUCUACUAGCGGCUUCAACUAUAACCUCAGUCCUAUUUAUUGGUCUAAGCAAGAUACGACUUAUUUGAAAUUAAUCGAAUAAACAAUUCAUAAAGAGAAACCUUUCCGUGAGAUUCCAUGUAUUCUAUGAGUUCCUUACCGUGUCAAUUGCCAAUUCUUGGUCAUUGCGAUUCAUGGGCAAUUCGGAUUAAGAUUUAGGGAUAGAUAUUACCUCUCUUUUCCCCUUUUCAAACAAAUUGAAAUGAAAUGAUUGAAGUUUUUCUAUUUGGAAUCGUCUUAGGUCUAAUUCCUAUUACUUUGGCUGGAUUAUUCGUAACUGCAUAUUUACAAUACAGACGUGGUGAUCAGUUGGACCUUUGAUUAAUUAACAUCUCUUUUUUUGAUUGACCUCCUCUUUUCUUUAUUCUUUAAUCCACAGGAGGUCAAAUUCAGAUUGCUGUUCAAGUUAGUGAAGUUAGUUCAGUGUAAUUCCAACUAACAAAAACGGAAUCACGCUCUGUAGGAUUUGAACCUACGACAUUGGGUUUUGGAGACCCACGUUCUACCAAACUGAACUAAGAGCGUUUUCUUAUCACAAUAGAUAAGACUAUAAAGAAAAGGAUUCUUUUUGUAACUCCAACACAUCUUGUAUGCAUAUACUAUUAUAGUAUCAUAAAAUGAAAAAUUAUGUAUAUCCAAUUUUAAUUGAUCUCAAUUGAUUCUUCGUUACUGCUCAGAGGAGAAGUAAUAGGUAGGGAUGACAGGAUUUGAACCCGUGACAUUUUGUACCCAAAACAAACGCGCUACCAAGCUGCGCUACAUCCCUUUCAAUUGGUCUACAGUGUCAUUGUAGAGAAUACCUGUCUUGUUUUCCACAUCCUUAUUUCCUCCAUUGAUAUACACAAUUUUUCUUCCCAUUUCUUCUUUUUUUUUUUAUCAUAUUAUUAUAUAUUAACAUAUAAUAAUAAAAGACUUAUAUACAUAUAAAAUAUGAAACCCACCCUAAAAAUGAAAUAAAAAAUAAAUGAAUAUUUUUGGGGAAUGCUCAGGAGUAAAGAAACUUCUUUUUAUGUUUUAAGAAAAAGAAAAUCUUAUCUAGCGAAUCUUCAAUUUGAAUCGGGAAUUCUGUGUACAAAUACAAGUGGUCCAUAUGCAUCUGAUCAUAUAUGUAUUACCAUUAUGUAUUACAAUAAAUAAGGAGGAUUUUAAAUGCGAGAUCUAAAAACAUAUCUUUCCACGGCACCGGUACUAAGUACUAUAUGGUUCGGGUCCUUAGCAGGUCUAUUGAUAGAGAUUAAUCGUUUAUUCCCGGAUGCGUUGACAUUCCCUUUUUUUAAUUAACAUGAGAAGGGGUGAAGAAUAUUAGAGAUACAAUCAAAUAUCUGUGACUAAUUCCUUUCCCCCUCCUCUUUUUUUCUCUUUUUUAGAAUUUUAUAAGGGAGGAGUAAGAGAAAGAAUAAAAGUGGAUUUAACCUCAGCGAAACUCGGGUUCAGACUCGAAUCAAAUUAAGAAUAGAGGGAAAACGUAAAUGUAAAUGUUGGUCUAGUGCAAGAGUAUCAUACAAGAUCCUUAAAUUAAAUACUGUACUGCGAUUAGAAAUAUAGUUAUAGUUAGAAAUCAUUGUAUUACUUAUUAUUUACUAUUACUCUAUUGAUAUUGAUUACAACGAAAUCCUUCAUAUCAUAAUUGGAUUUUGAGUUAGCAACUUCUAUUUUUUUUCCUUACUUUCUUCGGAUCGAAAAUAGAAGACUUGAAUGAAUAAAAAAAAAACAAAGGAGGUUCAUGGCCAAGAGUAAAGAUGCCCGAAUAAGGGUUCUUUUGGAAUGUACUAGUUGUGUACGAGGCGGUGUUAAUAAGGAAUCAACAGGCAUUUCCAGAUAUAUUACUGAAAAAAAUCGACACAAUACGCCCGGUCGAUUGGAAUUGCAAAAAUUCUGUCCCUAUUGUUAUAAACAUACGAUUCAUGGGGAGAUAAAAAAAUAGAUCGAACCGAGGGCCUGUGUGUCACCCUUCCAAGGAACAGUAAAAAUAAUAUAGUAAAAUAAUAUAGUAUAUAAUAUUAUAUAAUAUAUAUAACAUAUAUUUAAAUAGAAAUAAACCAAAUCCUAUUUCUGAAUUCUAAUUCAUUUUUGAUCCGAACGAAAUAGGAUUUUCGGGAUAAGGAAUAAACAAACCAUGGAUAAAUCCAAGCGACCUUUUCUUAAAUCCAAGCGAUCUUUUCGUAGGCGUUUGCCCCCGAUCCAAUCGGGGGAUCGAAUUGAUUAUAGAAACAUGAGUUUAAUUAGUCGAUUUAUUAGUGAACAAGGAAAAAUAUUAUCUAGACGAGUGAAUAGAUUGACUUUGAAACAACAACGAUUAAUUACUAUUGCUAUAAAACAAGCUCGUAUUUUAUCUUCGUUACCUUUUCUUAAUAAUGAGAAACAAUUUGAAAGAACCGAGUCGACCGCUAGAACUACUGGUCUUAGAACCAGAAAUAAAUAGGCUUACUCUUCAAUUGAAUCGAAAUUCCAAUUCGAACUCAAACGCGGAUUUGAUGUUUUGUUCGAAAAAUCUAAGAAUCGAGAUUUGAUUGUUGUGUUGUAAGAAACAAAAAUAAUCGGGGAAGAAGAAGAAAUCCUUUUUUUUUUAUUGAACAUAUUCCUUCAUUUUGACGACUUUAUCAUAUUUUAUCAUACUAAUUUAGAAUCUACCUUCCCGGAGUUCAUUCUCCGGGGAACUCCAUUUAUUUAAAUCAUUAAAUCAUUCCGGUGAAUUCUUUACAAUCUCUUUAUUUUAUGAUCUCAUUGGAAAUCAUAUAAAGACAAUUCCUAUUGGAUAUAGCUAUUUGUGCAAGUAUUUUACGAUUAAGAAGUAACUGCCUCUUGUACAGAUCGUGUAUAAAUCUACUAUAACUAUAGGAUGCCCCAUUCUCGUGAAUUACUGCAUUUAUCCGAGUGAUCCACAAACGACGAAAAUCUCUCUUUUGCCGAUCUCUAUCCCGAUGAGUCGAAACCAAAGCUCUGAUUUUCUGUUGAGUAAUAGUUCGAGUAAGUCUUGAAUGGGCUCCUCGAAAGCUUGAUGUAAAUAAACGAAUUUUUGUUCUACGUCUACGAGCUAUAUAUCCUCGUCUAGUUCUGGUCAUUGAAUAAAUGAAACUUUGAUGAAUAACUAAUUGAUUUCCUUUCUUUCAGUUAUCCUUGUACCCUUUCCUGGUCUAUUAAUAACAAAGCGGAUUCUUCCAAUGUAUAAAAUAAAAAUUCCAAUGGCUUUUGCUACUAUAACCUUCCCGACCACGAUUUUUUUUUUCUUUUUUCUAUGCAUUUCACCUCGAAAUAAGAAAUAGUAUUGAUACUAGGUAUCAAAAACAUAGUAAAUUAACUAAAAAAGUAGUCAAUUUGAAAUUAAAUGGAUAAAGAAAUAGUGGGUUCCAUCGUUUCUAUGGUUACUUCUUAAACGGUGAGGUCCUUUCUAUACACCGGAGCUCCUUCCUUCAUUUAAUAAAUCUUAUUGGUAACUUGUACAGUUCACACUCUUUGGCUCUACCCAUGAAUUAUCCAGUAAUAGGUCUUUCACAAUGAGAUCUACCUAUACAGUAACGGUAUUUAAUUAUGAAGGUUAGCUAAGUAGCUGACCCUGUUAGUCCGUUCUUGCAAGAGUGGGAGCCUAAUCUUUCUGCUGAUUUUCCCCGCUUAAUGGAUAACCCUUUUGCCAAUGGGGAAUUGCUUAUUAUCUUAAAUUUAGGUGAUUGUAUUUGCACCGACGGAAACCAUAAAUUUCAUACACAAUACACAAUAGGGGAAUAUGAUAGAUCUUUUUUUUUUUUAGUUUAGAUAGUGAAUGGAGUUCUUCCAUUCUAUUCACUGGUACUGAUCAUUGAUACUGGAAAAGUUGUUUUUCGUCCCAGUCCAUGAUCUGAACGAGUCGCACAUACACCCUAGUACAUGUUCCUCGGCGCUGAGGACACCCCCGAAGAGCGGGGGAUUUCGUGACAUUUCUGAUUGGCUGUCUUGUGUUUCUAAUAAGUUGUUUAAUAGUUGGCAUGCUGAAUCAUAUACAUAAUGUACUGGUUUAGAUCGAUCCUAACCGGAUGAUUAUGAAUUACCCCCAUUUUAUUUAAUUUAAUGAAAAUGAAACCCGGUAAGAAGAUCUCAAAUCACGGAUUUGCACGAAAUCCUUUCUUUUUUCAUUGAACCGCUACAAGAUCAACAAUUCCAUGAGUUUGGGCUUCUGUUGCUGACAUAAAAACAUCCCUUUCCAGGUCUUCGGAUACAACCCAUAAGGGUUUGCCCGUUCUUUGUACAUAAACCUUUGUGAUGAUUUCGCGCAGUUUCAGUAGUUCUUCCGCUUCCAUGACAAAUUCUCCGGCUUGUGCCUCAUAAAAAGCGGCAGCCGGUUGAUGGAUCAUUACCCUGAUGAUAUAACAUAAUAAAUGAUUUCUCUAUCUCGUAUGAUGAGUCGAAGAGAAGAGAUAAAGAAUAACAAGAAAAAAAGAUAGAAUUGAACAACCGUACAGGCAUCUUUUGCGAAUUGCAUACGGCUCUACAAUGGAAUUGACUUUUACCUGCCAUCGAAAAAUGUAGGAUCUGUCAGAUCCAGAUCGGUAAAUGAUCCAAUUACCACCCUUCCUUUCGGAGAAGUUAAAAAAUACUAUGAUGGCUCCGUUACGUUAUAUAUUUAUUUCCUCUAUGAUUCAGCAAUCCCAAAGUUUCUUUUUGAUCUGAUCAAAUAAAAUAAGAACCAAAUAAGAUUAUUUUUUAUUUUCGUAUCCUUUCAUAACAUAAAGAUUGUUAAGAGCCUUCUGGUGUGAAAACAAAAAGUUUGUGACGCUGAAACGGACCCCCGAUAGAUAAGAUAAAAUCGGAAAUACCCUUUAUCUCAUACUUCUCUUUCGAUACAUAAUCUAAUGUUUUGAAAAAAAAAACAAUAAAGAAUUUUCUCAUAUCGAAUUCGAAGUGCCAUGCUAUUAUUACUUAAUAUUCAUAUUUCAUAUGGCGAAGGCAUAGUCUGCUUUUUUCUAUCAAAUAAAAAACUCAUUGGCGCCAAGCGUGAGGGAAUGCUAGACGUUUGGUAAUUGUUCCUCCGACCAGGAUAAAAGAUCCCAUUGAAGCGGCUAAUCCCAGGCAUAUUGUAUGUACCUCUGGUGGCACAAAUUGCAUAGUAUCAUAAAUAGCUAUUCCGGGUAGUACCCAUCCGCCAGGAGAAUUUAUAAAAAAAUACAGAUCUUUGUUUUCAUCCUCUAUACUGAGAUAUAUCAUAAGACCAAUAAGUUGAUUCGAGAUCUCGCUCUCAACCUCUUGGCCUAAAAAAAGUAAUCUUUCUCGAUAAAGUCGGUUGAUUAGGAUAAAAUUGUAUCCCUCAGGAACCGUACAUGCACCUUUUGAUGCAUACGGUUCUAAAAAAAAUCGCGAAAAAGAAUCAAUGUGUAGAUUCCAGCCCUCUUUUUUUUCAUAGCAAGCUCUUUCUAAAACGAGGGGGCUUUUUCUUCGAUUUUUCAAGAAAGAUGAGUUUUGACCCUUCCAUAUAAUAUAUAUAAAUAUAUAUAAAAUAAAAAAAAAAAAGAAUUCAUUAAACUUAUCGAACUAACUUAUCAUUGAUGUAUUGUCUCAUCGAGAUCCGAUCCAAAUCACGAUGUCAUUUUCUUGUUUCUAAAUGGGCCUUCUUAAUUUUUUUAGGUUUAUGCUCUACUCCGGGUAAAGAUCCGAUCGACUUCGAUUUGCACAUAUAGGACAAAUGCCCCCAAUACCACUUCUUUUUACUACAACUUCCUUUUUUUAUUUAUUUCAUGUCUUCACCAAAUAUUCGACGUAUUCAUCCUAUUACUCGAUUGAUUAACAGUUUGAGAUCACUCCUAUUUCUAUUUAUAAAUAAAAUCAUUUAUGAUACAAUAUAGUAAUCAUAUAUUACCAAUUGGGUUUUUUAUAAACGGAGCCUGUAUACUUCAUUUUAUUGAUCCAACUAAGCCAACCAUAAAUUAUUUGAUAAUAUUAAUCUAGAUCCCCCCAAAAAUAAAAUGGAUCUAAUUGAAUUUCACGCUCCAAAUUGUUGAUGAUUCAAUCAAUCUUUCUUGGGCGAAACAGAGGAUAUCUCGAUCGAGGGAGAGAACGGGAAAAUACCAUAUGACCCAAUAUAUCUGACAAGCCGCACUAUACGUCAAUCCAAGAUAUAUCGUCCUCUCCAGGAUUUCGAAAAGGCACUUUUGGAACACCAAUAGGCAUAAAAAAACAGAAAAAAGAAUUUAGUACUUUAUUUCACUUUGGUAUGGAAACGUAACAAUGAGUUUAUUGUCUUCAUAAUAUUGGCCUUCAUCAUAUUUUAUCCUUAGAUUGGAUAAGUUCAUAAAAGAAGACAGAAUGAAUAAAGGAAAAUUUUUACGAAUAGGGCCUUCGAAUGAUGAACAAGUAUGGGUGCAUUCACUCAUAGAAAAUGGGAUCAACCCCCAUUGCGUAUUGGUACUUAUUGGGUAUAGAAUAGAUCUGUUUAUCUUUGUUCCUACGAACAGAAUUGUUCCAUUAGUACCAACAGAAUAGAACAAAUACAAAUAUUAACAUUAACCCUUGCUUCGAGAUAAUCCACUGAAAAGAGAAUAUCAAUAGCAUAGUUUUUUCUAAUGCAAUAAAGUUACAUAGUGUCUAUUUUUCUUUGAUAAAGAGGUAUUUCCAUGGGUUUGCCUUGGUAUCGUGUUCAUACUGUCGUAUUGAAUGAUCCCGGUCGAUUGAUUUCUGUCCAUAUAAUGCAUACAGCUCUGGUUGCUGGUUGGGCCGGUUCGAUGGCUCUAUAUGAAUUAGCAGUUUUUGAUCCCUCUGACCCCGUUCUUGAUCCAAUGUGGAGACAAGGUAUGUUCGUUAUACCCUUCAUGACUCGUUUAGGAAUAACUAAUUCAUGGGGCGGUUGGAGUAUCACAGGCGGGACUAUAACGAAUCCGGGUAUUUGGAGUUACGAAGGUGUGGCCGGGGCACAUAUUGUGUUUUCUGGCUUGUGCUUCUUAGCAGCUAUCUGGCAUUGGGUGUAUUGGGAUCUAGAAAUAUUUUGUGAUGAACGUACAGGAAAACCUUCUUUGGAUUUGCCCAAGAUCUUUGGAAUUCAUUUAUUUCUAUCAGGGUUGGCUUGCUUUGGUUUUGGCGCCUUUCAUGUAACAGGCUUGUAUGGUCCUGGAAUCUGGGUGUCCGACCCUUAUGGACUAACUGGAAAAGUACAAUCUGUAAAUCCAGCGUGGGGCGUGGAAGGUUUUGAUCCUUUUGUUCCGGGAGGAAUAGCCUCUCAUCAUAUUGCAGCAGGUACAUUGGGCAUAUUAGCAGGCCUAUUCCAUCUUAGUGUCCGUCCGC